AUGAAUGCUAAUUCAUUUCUAACUACAAAAUGCACUAGUUUCAGUUUCACUUAAUAUAAGAUAAGAUCUCAUUCAAUUUAACACAAAUCUUUUGAUAAUAAUCACUCUCAUCCAAGUUAAAAAGAUCUGUUAGAGAAAUAAAAAUAAUAACGUAGAAGUGUCCAUGUAACAUCAUAAUAGCAACAGAAUGUUAACAUUAAUUAAUUGUUUACAAAGCCAAUAAUUGAAGAAUUAAUGUGGAGAUAAUCAGAACUUUAUAUGAAUUGUAACAUAAUAUUAUAUAGUCUAGAAUUCAAAAUACAAUUAAGUUAUAUUGUUGAUAAUGGGAAUUUAUAAUAAUUUGGAGCCAUAAUAUGUAUGACAGCUGAUAUACUUUUAAAAAUCAAAGAUUAUAAUAAUGCUUGUUACUAUUACAAUUAAUAUGUAUUGAACUUAUAUAAUUUGAGAGAAUUUUGAAUACACUAACCAAGAAUCAUGCUGAAAAAGCAAAAGCAUUAAUUGGUUUAGCUAAUUGUGCUUAAGAAAUAAAAAUGAAUAGUGAAGCUUUAACAUUAUUAAAGAAAGCAUUACAAUAUGCAUGGCUUAGCAAAGAAUAUGAAUUACAAAUUUAUGAAAAACUUGCCUUAAAUUAUUAUUAUUUAGGAUAAAGUGAAGAAUAAUAUUAUUUUCAUGAGAGAGGAUUAUUAGGUAUUGUAGAAUCUGAUGAAUCUCCUAUUAAAUAAUUUAGUUGUGAAUCAUUGAAAGAUUAAUUGAAAAAGAAUAAUAUAGAAGUUAAGACUCUAUGUCCAUAAUUAUUAAAUUAUAUGAAUCUACCUAUAUUAAGUAGAAAUGAAUUAUUGAGUAGAAAUCCAAAUUCAAUUAGAGGAAUCUAAGUUAAGAAAUAAGUUAUAUAUACAGUUACAGAACAAAUAGAAAUAAUAUUAUAGAAAAAUGAAGAAUUUUAAUAUUAGAUAAAUACUCCUAAAUAUUAAAAAUUAAUUAAAUAUCAAAAUAAUAAAAAAGGAGAUGAUUUUAGAGUUGUAAAUUCAUCCUAAUCAACAUAUUCUAAAGAAAGAAGACAAUAUGAUUUAAAUAAUACUACUAUUUAUAAAUUACCUUAUGAAGUUUAAGUAAGUAAUCGUAUUCGAAAUCCAUACAUUCCAGAAGACAUUAAUGCUAAAUUACAUGAAUAAUUAAGAAAUGCAAAUAGAACUCAAAAAUUUGGAUUAAGAAACAAAGUUAUACUCAAUCAUUAGAAUAGAGAAGACAUGCAUUAUAGGAAGAAUGGAGCUUGUUUGUACAGAUAAUUAUAUGCUAUAUUUUCAUAUUAUUCUCAUUUAUUUAAUUGA